AUGGCCCAGCCCCUGCGCCCCGCGCUCUCCGAACCCUGGGUGCUCUCCAGCGGCUGGGCCUGCGGGCGCUCCCCCGACUCGUGGGGCGGCAGCCCGGAGCCGAGGCCCCCGCGCCCGACCGCGGCGCAGCCCCGCGGGGCCCGCGGCAGCCGCCUGGGCAGCGGCCAGCGCCAGAGCGCCAGCGAGCGCGAGAAGCUGCGCAUGCGCACGCUCGCCCGCGCGCUGCACGAGCUGCGCCGCUUCCUGCCGCCGUCCGUGGCGCCCGCCGGCCAGAGCCUGACCAAGAUCGAGACGCUGCGCCUGGCCAUCCGCUACAUCGGCCACCUGUCGGCCGUGCUGGGCCUCAGCGAGGACAGCCUGCGGCGCCCGCGCCGGCGGCGCAGCGACGCCGCGAGUGCCCGGGGCUGCCCGCUCUGCCCCGACGGCGGCGCCGUGUGCACCGGCGCCGCCUGGGGGUCCCCGGACGCCCGCCCUAGAGGCCGAGCCUAUGCUGAGGUGGUGUGUCCCGAAGGGCAGGCGAUGGAGCCGAGCCGCUCGCCUCGGCUCUUCCCCGGCGACGUGCUGGCUUUGCUGGACGCCUGGACGCCCCCGUCGUCCCUGGAGGGGCCGCCGGCCUGA